GUAAGACUGAACGUGCUGUCUGGGAUGGUGCUGAGAGACGUGCUGUCCGAGUGGCUCGGUCAUAGGACGCAACCGACUUUAAACUUACAACAAAAGGUGCAGUUUUAGGAUGUUACCAUGUUGCUGAAGGUGAAAUACCACAGUAUCAAGAAGUACAUCAAAUUGCAAUCAGGCUCCACCUAUUCAGAAUUCAUCAGGGAAGACAGAAAUAGAUCCAGCAAAGAAGACACUACCAGUUCUGCAACAAAGGCUUCCGUGUCAGAGGCAGCAAAGGAGAUGGUAGAAAAUGCCUUGCUUAAAAAGCCUGGAGGAGAGGAUAUUCUUGAAGAGUACAAGUCAGAAAAUUCACUAAUGCACCGCACUCGGAGAAGGCUUGUCAACAUAUUGGCGAGUGAUAUUACUGAGAGACAUGGUAGGAUUCCUUCCCGUCAGCAGAUGGAGAAGUAUGCCCUGGGAAUUAUUACUCUGUUUCCCUCACUGAAGGAUCCUUUUUCUCCAAAGGGCUAUGAGCAUUUCUAUGAUGGGGAAAAGGGCACUGGAUAUUUAGCGUGGCGCCUCAAAACCAUUUCCAGGACUUCAGGAAAACGGCCAGUCAAGGAAGCCUCAGUGCAUCAAGCACAAGGACCAAAGCGCCAAAGAUCAGCAACCACACUGCCUCAGCAGCUUGAUGGAGAUGCCUGCAGGGAGGCCAUUUCAUUUCUUGUUCACUCGUCUGAUGAAGCAAGUGUAUUUCAGAAGAUGAAGAUGACAUUUCAGCACCGUCAGGACCUAGUGCAUGACCCACAAAGAAGCACAGAUGUCUUCAAAACAUUUCCACGCUUUUUAGAUGUCAAAGGACUGUUGAAUCAAGACUUCCUGCUGCUGUUUGGUGCUGAAACAGCCUCCAAGAUGCUUGAGAAGUGGGACACCUCAUUUAAGCCCAAGGUCAUCAAAGAGGCCAAAAACCUGACUCAGACAUCUGAGCUGUGCCGACUUCUAAAAGCUGCUGAGAAACUCGCAGAGAACAAUGAAACGGACUGGGACAGUGACAUCGCUUCUAUGCUGCUGCUUCUCUAUCUCUUGCCACCCACAGCUGGACGAAAGAGGACCAAAAUAAGUCCAAGUGAUGCAGUGGACAAAAUGGUGCACUUUCAUAAGUCAUGCUGCACCAUCAAUGAAUAUGUGCAGGAAAGAGAGGGUAAACAACCGUACAUCCUUGCAGUUGGCCGAACCCAAAAGACAAUUGAUACCUUCUACAUCGCCAUUGACAAACAGCUCAUCCUCUGUCAAGCCACCAGCUCAUUGGGUGCUUUUGAUGAACUGUUUAAAUCCCACUAUGUGUUCAACUUGUCUUAUGAUGAGUCCCUGGUCCAUUUCUACACUUUUUUGCAGACAACUGUCUACAACAUUGAUGUUACCACAACAGAUUAGUCUCCAAGAGUUCGUGAGUUGCGGGCAAAACUUUUGAAUGACAUAUGAAUAUGUUCAAAUGUUUCAUUUGUCAAGCAGUGCAUGCUACUGUACCAGGGCCUAAUAACUCGUUUGCGGAUCGGCCACAGUUUCUAUCCAGGCACCAAGUUUAAAUUAGUUUGUGCACAAGACCAUUGUAGGUGUCAGUUUUUAACAUUUUUAGGUUUAAAAAAAAACAUUUAGUUAGUGUGCAUGAUAAGGGUUAUUGCCAACAGUGUGAUUUACUUAAGAAUAUACGUCAUCUCAGAUAAGAAGUGUUUGAUCUUACUGUAUAAAAAUGGAGUCAGAUGUUGGGAGGGCAGAUGAUCUUUUAGCACCUCUAUGAGGGGUAUUGAUUGUCUCACUUUGUUGGCUUGAGCGAAUAAAGUAAUUUUUGUUUGGCACCUGGAACCUUUGUCUCCUGGGUAUUUUUUCUUAUGAAGAUUCAAGCUAAGACUUUUUGCCACAACACCCCAUGCUCGAGGAACUUCACAGGUUCAUUAUACCAUCUGGGCCCCCCUUCAUUAUCUCCUUUUAGUUCUAUACU